AUGUCUGCUUCAACUUCCCUGAAGCUUGCUUUACUCGGCCUCAUCCCUCUGGCCCUGGGCCAGGGAGGCCUGGUCAUCAAUCCGAAAAAUGCCGGUCUGCAAGUUGGCAGUCAUCCUUCAUCUGUUCCAAUCGAUCUCUCGAGCAUGGUCAACAACCGUGCCUUUGCCAUGACUCCUGGCGACGCCAAUUUUGAUGGCAUACAUUCUGGUUAUCCUGCCCAGUACUUACCUGACAGCAACUUCACUUACGCUGGCAUCAACUACAUCUUCCCUGGAUAUAAGAAGUCAGGCGAUGACAACGUACUUGCUCAAGGGCAGGUCGUCACCCCUCCUCAGGGACGUUACUCCAGUAUCUCAAUGCUAGUAGCUGCCGAAUCUGCUGUCGCUACCGGCUACGUCAACGUCACCUACACAGACAACACCACCUCUUCCGGGCCCGUUCUUGUAGAUCCCUUCUGGUCAUGGCCGUAUCCGUAUGGUGGUGAUAUAGUGUUUCCCUACUAUCUGACUAACAGUAGUAUCGACUACAAUCGCUCCAUGAUUUACCAGUCUGUCAACUGGCUCGACUCUACCAAGGAAGUCGCCAGCGUUACACUUCCAAAUGUCACUUCCGGCGCGGCGACUGGACCCGGUGGGGCCGCACAGAACACCCGAUUGCAUAUUUUUGCAAUCUCACUCGUCUCAGCAAGUGGUUCAGGAAUCAGCCUCGAGAUACAGCAAGCCCGAUCGACACAGCUAUGGAUGGAGGGCACCAACAAGACUCAGAUAUUUGAGACGAUCAUUGUGAACACUGGAGAUGACUGGGUCUUAGCAAACAACAGCGUCAAAGUUACUGUCGAAGCUCCUGGCAUAGAAACUGUGCAACCGGGAGUCAUCAACAGACUUCGGCCUGGAGACAGAGCUGUUGUGCGCGUUGGAGUCGUCAAUGAUAAUGGAACUGAGCCUGGCACCGCUGGCGAGGCCACUCUACACGUCACAGGGGCUGGUGUGAAUGCAAGCUCCACAUUCAACGCAACUUUCGGCAUCGGAACUUAUGAAGCCACAUACGAGAGCAUCUAUACUCACGAGAGUCCCACUUGGUAUACUGGGGGAAAGUAUGGUAUAUUUAUCCAUUGGGGUGUUUAUGCUGUUCCAGGCUGGGGCAAUUCUGGCAAGAAAGAGUGGUAUUGGUGGUAUAUGAACCAAGGCAUCGACAGCCCGAACCCCGCAGACUUCUAUCAAUACAACCUCGCGACAUAUGGUCCUGAUCACGCCUAUGAUGAUUUCAUCCAGAACUUCACUACGGAAUACUACGAUCCUAAGGAAUGGGUUGAUCUCUUUGCCGAUGCAGGUGCUCAAUACUUUGUUCAAGUUUCAAAGCAUCACGAAGGCUAUGCCUUGUUCGAUAUCCCAAGCAACAUCACUAAGCGAACGAGUGUGGCUCAGGUACCACACAAGAACCUGUUGCAAAUGCUGUUUGACGCUGCGGAUCAAUACCAGCCGCACCUACACAAGGCUACUUACUUCUCAUUGCCUGAGUGGUUCCAUCCCGACUACCAGAAGUACGGAUUUGGUGAAGCUGAUGGGGCGGGAUGGCCUGGGGGCAACGCUACAAACCCAUAUACCAACCAAACACUGCCCUACACUGGCUAUGUGCCAGUAGAUGACUUUGUCUCGGAUCUUAUCCUGCCCGAGAUGCAGAUCUUGGCACAGAUGGUCACAGNNUGCGAUAUUGGAGGGCCUAACCUUACAGCUGAGUUCUCAGCCGAAUACUUCAACAACAUGGCAGCACAAGGCAAACAAGUCUUGAUCAAUAACCGCUGCGGUCUCCCAGGUGACUUUGAUACUCCCGAGUAUGCUCGUUACGAAGCUGUCCAAAUGAGAAAGUGGGAAAGUAAUCUAGGCAUGGACCCGUUUUCCUACGGCUACAACAGAGCAACUCCAGUUUCUGCAUACAUCACGCCUGCUGAGAUCGUCACCUCUUUGAUCGAUAUCACGAGCAAGAACGGUAACUUCCUACUGGAUAUUGGACCUCAAGCCAACGGCACAAUUGUCGAUAUUGAACAACAGAAUCUGAGAGCUGCAGGCAAGUGGAUCAAAUCGCAUGGCGAGGCUAUUUUCAACACUACCUAUUGGUUCAUCACGCCUGAAGAAGGAGACACGAUUCGCUUCACUCAAACACCCGAUGCUUUUUAUAUCUUGACUUUGUAUCCACCCAACUCCACGCUGGUUCUGAACAGCCCUGUACCAUAUGUCAGUGGCGAUCAGGUCACUGUUGUGGGCGGAAACAUGAGUGGCAGUGUUGUUCCUUCGAGGUUGCUGAGUAAUGGAAGUCUGGAGCUGACUAUCAGUAAUGCUGUUAUGGCUGGCGAUCAGUACAGCUGGGUGUUCAAGAUUCCGUUUGGAGGUAUCGCAGCGAAUACGACAUAUACCGGAGGUGCUCCCCCAGCUCAGCAGACUACUAAUGGUGUUGCAAAAUGGUCGUCGGAUUGGAUGAGGUUGAUCCCAUCCGUUUUUAUCGGUGUUCUACUGUGGCUUGUGUAA